AUUCUCUUCUUUCACUUGGGACAAAAGGCGAGGGCAAAAUAUUGUAUUACAAGAAAACUAAAGGAAGCAUGUCAAUGUAAAGGAAAAAGACGUGAACAAUCCUAGAAUAUUUGCCAAACAAUCAUUAUAUUAGUGGCAUACAGAUAGGGAUAAAGAUAGCACCUUUAAAUGAGUCAAACGUUAAUCUAUCUAUCAUCCAUGAGAAGAAACAACAAAAGUAACCAUAGGGAAUAAAGCACGAUGGUCUACUUGAAGGACAGGAGAUUUAGUAGAGAAAUUACCUAAAAGCGAGAUCAGGAUGUUGCUGAGAGUAAGAGAUCUAGGGGAAGCGGAGAUUAUUGCAGUUUAUGAGAGAUAAGAGAGUAAUACUUUUACUCCUUGUGACAGGAAUGGCAUCAGAACUGAUGGAAACAAGAGUUUGGGAAAUCCUCUGUUUUCGCUAUUUUUUGUGUGAAAGAAGAAUGAAUUUUGCUUGAAAUUGAAGCUUUCCCUUACCGAGAUGCUAUUUUGCAAGAAAAGAAAAACUCUAGGCGGGCAAUGUGCUGUGAAUUUUCAGUCAUCACGUUAAGUUUUUGGUGAAAUCAACAAGUUUUCCUUUGUCUCUUAGAAACUCGAUCUUUUGGAAAAUCGUGAUUGAACUUGAAUUGAAUUGGAUUGGAAAAGAAAUGUCUUCGCUUACAAUGUGGAGCUAAAAUGGGUUUAUUCAUAAACCAAAUUGGAGAAGCUAUCUUGGCAAUUCUUGAAUAAGUAUCUGAAUAACAUAUAAUGGCUAGUUUAUGAAAUUUCUGCACUGCCCAUUUGAAGGUAUGCUGAAAAGGUCGAAACUUUUGAUUCACAUACGUGAAGAGCUAGGAACUCUGUAUAAGAACCCUUCUUUUGCAUUUUGUACUUGUAUGACUGAUGACAAGUGUGGUAACGCUAAAGGCAGUGGUGGGUCGGAGUCCGAGAAUGAAUGGGAAAGAUUGCUUAAGCCUUUUAACCUCAAGCAACUCCGAAGAUCACUUAAUAAAAUUACCCCGUAUCAGCUCAAUAAAUUAUUGGCACUGCCUUUGGAUGUACCAACAUCGAUGGAGCUAUUCCAGUGGGCUGGUAGCCAGACGAGCUAUUGCCACUCAUUUGAUGUCUACUAUACAUUGAUUGACAAACUUGGGGCUGCCAAGGAAUUUAAGAUUAUAGAUAGAUUGUUAUUACAGAUGAAAGAGGAAGGGGUAGUUUUCAAAGAGUCCCUCUUUAUUGUGAUAAUGAAGCAUUAUGGAAGAGCUGGUUUACCAGGGCAGGCAACUAGAAUACUAUUGGAUAUGUGGAAUACUUUCUCAUGUGAACCCACAUUUAAGUCAUAUAAUCAAGUAUUGGAUAUUCUGUUGGCUGAAAAUUGUCCAAAAGUUGCUCCGAAUGUGUUUUAUGAAAUGUUAGGGAAAGGUAUUUCUCCUUCUGUAUUCACUUUUUCUCGAGUGAUACAAGCAUUAUGUAUAGUCAAUGAGGUAGACUCUGCUUGUUCACUUCUUAGAGACAUGACAAAACAUGGGUGUGUACCAAAUUCAGUGAUUUACCAGAUUCUUAUUCGUGCACUUUCAAAGUCUGAUAGGGUAAAUGAUGCAUUGAAACUUUUGGAGGAGAUGUUUCUUAUGGGUUGCAUACCCGACAUCAAUACUUUCAAUGACAUUAUCCAUGGGCUUUGUCGAGCUGAUAGGAUUCAUGAGGCUGCAAAACUGGUGGAUCGGAUGCUUCUCCGAGGUUUCACCCCCGAUGCUAUAACUUAUGGCUUUCUGAUGCAUGCUUUAUGUCGAACAGGGCGAGUUGAUGAAGCAAGGGUUCUUCUCAACAAAGCACCUGAGCAGAAUAAUAUCAUCUUUAAUAUGUUGAUUAAUGGCUAUGUGACUAAUGGGCGGUUCGAUGAAGCAAAAUUCAUUCUGAAUGAGAACAUGUUGAUUAAAGGUUAUCAACCAGAUGUUUAUACAUACAACAUUCUGAUUCGAGGUCUUUGCAAGAAGGGAUCUUUGUCUUCGGCUCAUGAAGUUGUAAAAGAAAUGUCAUCCAAAAGUUGCCAGCCCAAUGUGAUCACGUACACAACCUUGAUUGAUGGCUUCUCCAAGGCUGGCCGUCUACAGGAAGCUUAUGACCUUGUUACUGAGAUGUCAGUAAAAGGUCUCAGCCUAAAUAUAGUGGGUUUUAACUCUCUUAUAUCAGCUUUGUGUAAACAAGGAAUGAUUCAACAGGCAUUAGAAAUUUUUGGUGACAUGUCAAGCAAAGGAUGUAAACCAGACAUUUUCACAUUCAAUGCUUUGAUUUCAGGUUUUUGCAAGGUAGACAAGAUGGGUGAAGCAUUGGGGAUGUAUCGAGAUAUGUUCCUUGAGGGAGUUAUUGCCAAUACAGUUACCUACAACACAUUGAUUCAUGCUUUCUUGAGGAAAGGUAAAACCCAAGAGGCGCUUAAGCUUGUGAAUGAUAUGCUAUUCAGAGGAUGUCCCCUUGAUGAAAUCACAUACAAUGGCCUCGUAAAAGCACUUUGCAAUGAUGGAGCAAUUGAGAGAGCAGUUGGACUUUUUGAAGAAAUGCUGACAAAGGGAAUAAAACCUAAUCAUGUAACAUGCAACAUCUUGGUCAAUGGCUUUUGUAGAAUAGGGAAGGUUCAAAAUGCCCUUGAGUUUCUGAGAGACCUGGUACAUCGUGGAUUGGCACCUGAUAUAGUCACGUACAACAGUCUAAUAAAUGGCUUUUGUAACAAUGGUCGAAUUCGAGAAGCUCACAGCCUCUUUGAAAAAUUAGAAGUUGAAGGAGUUUGUGCUGAUGCUUUCACUUAUAACACCUUGAUUUCUUCCUAUUGUAAAAUGCACAUGCUUGAUGAUGCUUAUACCCUGCUUACUAGAGGCAUAGCUGUUGGUUUCAUUCCCAAUAAUGUCACAUGGUACAUACUCGUGAGAAAUUUUGUUCGAAAGAGUUAUGAGUCACUAACGAGUUAGGUUAGUCAAUAUGAGCAAGAAUUGACAGGUGGCUAAGCAUCUCUAUGUUUGCUGUUGAUGGAGCCUCUUUUGAGUAUGAUUAUACUUGUGUUGCUUCCUCCCCCCCACCUUUUAAUUGUUAUUUUUGUUGUCUGUUAGAAAUAUACCACCUGCGCACAUAUUUCAGAAAUUGUCUUGUUAUGAUAUCAAUUAGGCAACCAUGACAUGUUACUUUAUAUGCUCGCACCUCUUUUUUCUCUUUCCUUUUUCUUUGUGGUGGGGGGAUUUGCAUUGGUUCACCUCAUAGAUGAUGCUUGUGAUUUGUAUCCAGUCAUAGAAGGAUUCUUUGUGAUGUUGUUCAAAGAAUCUUGUGAAGCUUGAGCUUUUUCCCCAUCUUAUCUCUAGAGAAACUUGACGUAGCAGAUGAUGUCUAUGAAAUUUAAUCUUGUUAUCGCUGACAUUAUUUAGCUGAUAUGAAGCAAGCCAAGGAUAACAAUUGGGGUAAACUAGAGCAAUCAUAUCUACCCUGAUUAUCAGCUGUUACUAAAGAAUGCAGAUCUGGUACUGGUGCUGAAAUAAACAGUGACCAGAAUAUCCCCAAACAAUGCAUUCUGUUUUACUUUCUGCAUGAUGGAGGUAUAUUAUGCACAAAGUUUGGCUUCAUUUUUGCUGUGUUGUGCACUUCCAAAUCUGGGAAGUUCACCAAACAGUGCAUGAGGUCAAAUGUGCCACCAAGUUGUGUGAACAACAGCUUGAACCUUGAAGCAUCUUUUGUCAUUGAGAAUCCAUAAUAUCUGCUCUCGUCUUCUCUCUCCCCCCAGGUACCUUCUCUUCUAUCCCAAGGUCAAAUAGCAAAUACGAGUCCCUCGUGGAAGAUUCUUAAAUGUUGAGGUGACUCUCCCUAUCUUAUAUAAAUUUGUUUCUAGUUGCUUUAUAUUUGAACUUAUACCUUGCUUCCACAAGUACUUUGUGUAGUUUCUUUGUCAUUGCAAUUGUUGAAUUUGAUUCUUUCUUCUUUUUUCUUGUGAACUUUGUCUUGGAUGUCGUAAAAUCAUCUCCAGGCAAAUGGGAUGGACAAGAUACUCCUUGUUCUCCCUCUCUUUUUGGUGCUGCAUUGUUGCACUUGUUGGUGUUAUGCAUUGAUAUGAACUUGAAGCAGGCUUUAAAAAAAGAUUUUUUAACCAGAUUUUCCUUUGCACCAAAUCAUAUUUAGUAUUGUGAAUCCUCUGUGGUUAUUGAGUUUCUAAGUUUGGAUGCAAACAACUGAAUUUCUUUUUUCCCUAUCCUUUGGACGGUCAACUGACAAGUAACCUGUAGAUUUACUCCGUUACUGCCUUAGACUAAUAUUUGAUAGGUCUUUCUGACUCUACACAUUUUGAAAUAACUAGAAUUUCUGAUCCAGACGCUCCAUCCGAUGAUGACAAAAUGAAGGUAUCGGAAAUUCACUCUCUCAUUAUCCUUCCUUAUCGGCCGUCUAAUAACAUUCCAUUUGGUUGACGCACAGGAUGUCUUUCAAUUAAUUGUUCCAUCCUUUGAGAAUUUUCAUGACGAGUGCAGCAGAUCAUAUAGUAAAAGGGCCUUGGUCCUUGAGACUGUGGCCAAGGUCAGGUCAUGUGUCAUCGUGCUUGAUCUAGAAUGCGAUAAGCUCAUAACAGAGAUGUUUCAGCAUUUCCUUAAAGAGAUAAGAUUCCUUAGACUGCAUCUGAAGUUUAUGAUCUCCAUAUUAUCUUUUAUGGGCGAAGUUUAUGAUCCAUAUACUUCUAUAAUUUUUUUUCCAGGACUUGUAUUGUUUAUAGAAUUGCUUAUUUAUGUACAUGUAAUCGUACCUUUUAUUGGGGUUUAAGCAAUUGUUGGAGGCCAGAGUUGUGCCAAA